CCUCUGCCCUGGCCAUGGGACUGCUGUCAGUUUCUUGGUUCCUGUCUCCACAGCAGCCUUGUCAUGGUGCCUCUGCUGGAGAGGCUGCUGUGAUUUCAAAACCUCCUUCCCUGGGUGACUGAUUUCAGAAGGCCCUAGAUGAAUUGUAUCGGGUACAGCCCCACCCGGAGGCUGCGGGCCUGGGGGGCCUUUUUGGCUGGAGGCGCAACGCUCGUGGUAAUCUGGCUUUUCUGGGUGCCGGGAUCAGCUCCUGGGGGUGCCCCAGUGCCUCAACCCACGCUCACCAUCCUCAUCUGGCACUGGCCCUUCACCAACCGGCCUCCAGAGCUGCCUGCUGACACCUGCGCUUACUAUGGCUUGGCUAGCUGCCGUCUGAGUGCCAACCGGAGCCUGCUAGCCAGUGCUGAUGCUGUGGUCUUCCACCACCGUGAGCUGGAGACUCGGCGCUCUCGCCUGCCCCUGGACCAGAGGCCGCAUGGACAGCCUUGGGUCUGGGCCUCCAUGGAAUCGCCCAGUAAUACCCAUGGUCUCCAUCAGUUCCGGGGCAUCUUCAACUGGGUGCUGAGCUAUCGGCGCGAUUCAGAUAUCUUUGUGCCCUACGGUCGCUUGGAGCCCCACUCUGGGCCCACACCCCCACUACCGGUCAAAAGUAGGAUGGCUGCCUGGGUAGUGAGCAAUUUCCAGGAGCGGCAGCAGCGCGCAAAGCUGUACCGGCAGCUGGCCCCUCAUCUGCAGGUGGAUGUGUUCGGACGCGCCAGCGGACGGCCCCUGUGCGCCAACUGCCUGCUGCCCACCGUGGCCCGGUACCGCUUCUACCUGUCCUUUGAGAACUCACAGCAUCGGGACUAUAUCACUGAGAAGCUCUGGCGCAAUGCACUGGCCGCCGGUGCUGUGCCUGUGGUGCUGGGACCUCCUCGGGCCACCUACGAGGCUUUUGUGCCACCAGAUGCCUUUGUACACGUGGAUGACUUCAGCUCUGCCCGGGAACUGGCUGUCUUCCUUGUCAGCAUGAAUGAGAGUCGUUAUCGCGACUUCUUUGCUUGGCGAGACCGGCUCCGCGUGCGGCUCCUGGGAGACUGGAGGGAGCGCUUCUGCACCAUCUGCGCCCGUUACCCUUACUUGCCCCGCAGCCAGGUCUACGAAGACCUUGAAAGCUGGUUCCAGGCUUGAGCUCCUGCUGCUGGGAGAGGCUGUGUGGGUGGAAGACUGAUGCUGAAACCGGAGAACUAGGCAUCCAGACUUUUGGUGACCAUGGGACAAAUCCAAGGCUUUAGGUCAGUGAUCAGGAAGUCAGGAUAUGAGGAGAAAACUGGGCUGAGAAGCCAUGUGGACUCUGGUGGGCUUUAGAGUAGGGUCCCAGGGAAAGAGACAAUUAAUUAGUUAAUUAGGCGCAUAUGGGAAAAGCUAGUCAGAUGGGAAAGGUGGCUGAGGGUUCCUGACUUCCCCUCAGCCCGUAGCUGAAGGCUCAGAUGAAAAGCGGAGGCAGGACUCUAAACUUCCACAGCCACGGUGCUUAGCCUCAAGGAUGCACAUGCCAGGUCUAGAACUCAGGGUGCAGACUGAGCACUGGGCCCAGGGGCUUGCAGAAGAAGCACCGUGCAGAGGAUUCUGGGCUUCCAAUUCCACAGUCCCUUUAGGGACAGAGGUACCACUAAUAAAGACACUGACAGAAA